ACUAGACAUCACGCGGGACUAUGUUUAGACAAGAUGGGUUUGACGAUGCUGUGGAUGUUUCAUAGCUUCAGUGUGUGAAAGAGAAGAUUUUUGAUAUAAUUUUUGACUUUAACUUGUUUUACUUUAGACAGUCAGCUUCAUUUAUGUGUCGAAUAAGUACGUCGCGUCUUAUGUUUUGAAGUCUUGGUUAAAAAUUCAGCUCGAUUGUGUUGACAGGAACAUAUCUGGUGUUGAUUUUGAAAACAUCAAAUGCUUUCAGCAGGAUUAUAGCUAAACAAAAGCAAAACAAAUCCGUGUUUAUAGAUCAUGGUGGAAAAUUCUCCUUCUCCUCUGCCUGAGAGGGCCAUUUAUGGGUUUGUUCUCUACCUCGGCUCACAGUUUGGCUUCUUUCUUUAUUGCUUGUGGGCAUUUGUUCCAGAUGAGUGGCUUCAUUCAAUAGGGCUCACUUACUGGCCUCAAAAGUAUUGGGCUCUUGCAGUGCCAAUCUACCUGCUGGUGGCUUUAAUGAUCUCUCUAUUGCUGUUGUUUGGAGUGAACUUGAACAACACGGCUCCACUCGACUCCGUGGACAACAUCACAGAUGUGUAUGCACAAGGCCAGAGGACAGAAUGCUCCCGUAAGGGGGGAAUUCCUCGACUAAGGGAUGUUUCCAUCAGUGAAGUCAACCAAAUGUUCUAUUUAUCACCCAAGAUGUAGCAAACACAAACUGCUUUUGCUUCAGGCAGAGUAGCAGUGAAGCUGCUGGGGAUUUUUUAUUGUGGUGUCACUGGUUAACAUUUAUUUACAAAGGAUGGAUUAUGCUUUAUAUGUUUUUCAAAGGGCACAACAUGGGAAGAAGCUAGUCUGAAACAGUUGAAUUGAUUCUUUGUUUUAUGCUUCUAUACUGGGGUGAACUGAUGUGCUGUGUGUUAAUACCAGUGAUGAGCUGAAAGUGAUAUAACAACAUCAGGAGUAUAUGAUUAUGUGCAAUAAAUUACACCUUUUUUGAAAUAUA